AUGCUGUCUGCGGACCACAAGUCCCAGGAACUGCACGUCCAACAGACCCCAAGGGUGGGCGAAUCUCGGUUCUCUAAACCCAUGUCCUGCUGGGCAAUGUCUAUGUUUCCCUACAUUAUGAGCUUCGCGGAUGAUUUUAACGAUUUUUAUUCUACCACAUCGACCACGGCUGCUGCCACCACAACAAAGUCAGUAUCUACUUCAUACACAACCAUACGCAUCACUGCGGAUACAAGCAAGGAAUCUACAACUACAACUACGACAAAGGCCAAAACGACAACGACUAAAUCGAAAACCACAACCAGCAAAGGACCUGAGAAGACUGGUGGCUUAUUUUCCAUUGCAAUAUAUAGUUCACGGGAAUGCUCAGGCGAUUAUGGGCUAUCCAGCAUUAGCACUGGAGAAAACACUUGGUGCAAGUGGUACUUUGAUGGAGGAUUCAACUCCACAGACUGUGAUUCCGGAGACAAAUUGGAAAUAGGCUCAAUUUAUAUCACAUCUGGUUCAUGCAACAUUUAUGAUACGGAGGACUGCCAAAGCAACGGCAAGCUUGGGGGGUAUGAUUCUGGUAUUUAUACCAAGUGCCAUGCUGUGGAUAAUGAUGCACCCAAAACGCUUGGCGGGUUGAAAUGCUCUCACAAAUUGUGA